CAUUAAUACAUUAUAUCUUAAUUUUGUAUUCGGACACGUUUUUUUUUUAUUAAAAAGGGACUUAAUUAAUGUAUCAAAAUGAUUUUGUUAUCCACUUGGAUGUUGAUUGUGACAACUUUAUUCUUGGGAUGUCAAGGAGAGAAUGCGUCAGCUUCACCGCCCCAUUGUACUGUAAUAACUAAAGCUACAGACUAUGCCUACAAAUAUAGAUUUGAUUAUCCGAUGAUGUAUAUUCCAUCAGGCCAGCAAGAAGCUUACCAGAAAAUGUUUUGCAUUUACCCGCCGACAGUAAAUAAAGCAUCGGCCACGGUGUGCGAUUGGGCUGCACCUCCGCAAGUCCAGUUCACCCUCAGUGAUGAAUAUCUGCACGUGGUGCGUCAAGAUCCAACUGGGCACUUUCUUGGAAAUGCUCUCAUAACAACGUAUCAGUUCUGCGGCCACAACAUAUCACAUGUACAAGCUGUAGAAGACAAUGAAAUUGGAAAUAGUAUAAACUGAAAAAAGAAAAUUAAAAUAUAUAUUUUUAUCGUUAAUUUCAAUAAAUUGAAAAUAACCAUUUUAAUUUAUCAGAUAUAUAUAUAAAAAAAAAUUAUCUGAAACUAUUUUUUUUUAUUUAAACAUAAAGUCACGUAAAUAUUUCAUUAUAUUAUCAAAAAGAUAAAUCACAUUCACUACAAGUAAGAAAUAGAUUGCACUUGGAUGGAUACAAAGGUACAGGAACACCUAAAAACGUGUAUAGAGGACGUAUAAGAAGUUAUGUAUAUUUAUUGUCAACUAAAUCAUAAAUGCAUGAACGCAUUGUUAAUACAUAUUCUAAAUAAUAGUCGGCAUUAAAAAGUCAAUGGUAUGUAUUCACCUGCAAAAACUAUUUUUCAUCGCAUUAAGUCCCGAUAGUAUAGUAUUUACAAUAAGCCUAAAAUAAUUAUGUAUUUAUUUACGUGUUUAUGUACGAACAGUUGUUUUAAUAAAUGGAUGUUAGUAAUUCCAUCACCUCCCAUUAUUAUUUAUUAUUGUAAAAUUGUGUAUUAUUAAUAGUAACAUUUGCGCAUAAAACCUUUAAUAAUCGAUUCAAACAAAAGACCAUGAAAUUGUAAUCGGUUAAGAAAAUCUGGAAUUAUUCACGCUGACGUUUACUUAUAAUAUAUAGUAGAUAACAAGAUUAUAAUAUUAGUUUCUUAUAGUAAAGCCACCACACUGUAAGUAACAAGAUGGUUGGAAAAUUAAUAUGUUUGGUGGUUUUUAUUGGUGUUGUGGCGGGAGAAAAAUAUGUUUUUGAAUUUGGUAAGUACAUUAUUAUGGCCAUACUUGUUUUUGAAGUAUCUAAAGUUAAAACCUUAGACUAUAUAGAUAGAGUGUCUUCAUACAAAUGCUUCGACAAAAACGGGUCUACUUUUUCAUAAAAUUUUGCGUAAUAAAUUGUCUUAUAAUAUUUAUUUUAUAACUAUUUAUUUUAUUUAUUAAAUAAUUCAUCAAGACACAUUUUAUGCAUAACUAUAUAGAACCUUGAUAAAUAAAAAGAGUCAGCUAAUUUGACAAUUAGCUGACAAAAAGUUAAUCAGUUUUUGAGACUUGAUGCACUGUCUAUAAAGUCUAAAAUUAAAACCCUGUAUUUUAUAUUAUGUAUGUAAAAAAAUACUUCAUUUCAAUUUAUAUAAAUACAGUCGGAGGAACUGUCUUUAUAUAAACUGAAAUGAAACUCUCUACCCAAGAAAAUUAUCAUGGUGUAUGCUAGUGUUCAUGUCUAUAGGCAAUGACUACCACUUUUCGCAGUUGGGCCACUUGUUUUCCAUUUCGAAUUAGGUACAUAAAAAAGUAGGUCUAUCCUAAUCGCUUAAUAAACUUAUUAGCUUU